AGGGGGCAGUCGAGUGCGCAUAUUCCGGUGUAGCGCAUAAAAAGAAUGAGACAUUUUCUAUCUUACUGGAAAAAAAUAUAAUUACCCAGUGAACAAACUCUUAUCCUAGAGACUGCAGUGACGCGAGGUGAAUAUAAGUGCUGUGGCAUUAUGUCUGGGGUUCCAGCAGUGAGGGUCAGCAUCGAGUCUUCCUGUGAGAAGCAGGUGCAGGAAGUGGCCCUGGAUGGGACAGAGACAUAUGUCCCCCCACUGUCCAUGUCUCAGAACCUCGCAAAGUUGGCACAAAGAAUUGACUUUAGCCAGGGAUCUGACUCAGAGGAAGAUGGACCUGAGGGCGAAACCAGAGACCGUGAGUGGGGAAAGCAGGAGCCUGAAGAAGAAGAAGGUACAGUGAAGUUUCAGCCUUCUCUUUGGCCCUGGGACUCGGUGCGUAACAACCUGCGCAGUGCGUUGACAGAGAUGUGUGUGCUUCAUGAUGUGCUCAGCGUGGUGAAGGAAAAGAAGUACAUGGCCUUAGACCCAGUGUCACAGGAUCCAUCGGCUGGAAAGACCCCACAGGUGUUCCAGCUGAUCAGUAAAAAGAAAUCUUUAGCCACAGCCGCGCAACUCCUCCUCAAGGGAGCGGAGAAACUCACUAAGUCAGUUGCAGAGAACCAGGAGAACAGGAGGCAGCGGGACUUCAACUCGGAGCUGCUGCGUCUCCGCUCACAGUGGAAACUCCGCAAAGUAGGAGACAAGAUCCUGGGAGACCUCAGCUACCGUAGUGCAGGUUCCCUUUUUCCUCACCACGGCACAUUUGAGGUCAUUAAGAACACAGACAUUGAUCUGGACAAAAAGAUCCCAGAAGAUUACUGUCCUCUUAAUGUCCAGAUCCCCAGUGAUUUGGAGGGAUCUGCUUAUAUCAAGGUGUCCAUUCAGAAACAAGCUCCAGACAUUGGAGAUUUGGGAACAGUAAACCUGUUUAGGAGACCUUCAAAAUCUAAAGCUGGCACCCAGCUGUGGCAUGUGAAGCUAGAAGCCGCUCAGAAUGUUCUGCUCUGUAAGGAGAUCUUUGCGCAGCUGUCCAGGGAAGCUGUUCAGAUCAAAUCCCAGAUCCCUCACAUUGUUGUGAAGAAUCAGAUCAUCUCACAGCCAUUUCCAGGUCUGCAGCUUUCGAUCUCAUUGUGCCACUCUACGGGAGAGAAAAAGAACCAGCGGGCGUCUCCAGAGAAACCCAAACCAGACGACCACCUUUACGUACUGGAACAUAACCUGCAUCAAAUGAUGAGAGAGUUCCACAAGCAGCAGUUGAGCUCUGUGGUGAUGCCCCAUCCUUCCACCGCUCCCUUUGGCCACAAACGCAUGCGUCUGGCAGGGCCACUGGCCUACAACAAGGCUGAGAUCUUCAGCUUGCAGCAGAGCGAGGGGCUGUUGGAGAAGAUCAUCAAACAGGCCAAACACAUCUUCCUACGCAGCAGGACGGCACGGACCAUUGACAGCCUGGCCAGCCGAAUUGAAGACCCUCAGAUCCAGGCUCACUGGUCCAAUAUCAACGAUGUGUAUGAGUCCAGCGUCAAAGUGCUCAUCACCUCUCAGGGCUACGAGCAGAUCUGCAAGUCGAUCCAGCUGCAGCUGAAUAUCGGUGUGGAGCAGAUCAGAGUGGUUCACAGAGAUGGACGCACCAUCACACUGUCACACCAGGAGCAGGAGCUGCAGGACUUCCUCCUCUCACAGAUGUCACAGCAUCAGGUGCAUGCGGUUCAGCAGCUGGCCAAAGUGAUGGGCUGGCACGUCCUCAGCUUCAGUAACCACGUUGGCCUGGGCCCAGUGGAGAGCAUCGGAAACGCCUCUGCUGUCACUGUCGCCUCUCCCAAUGGAGAGUACGCCAUCUCAGUGCGUAACGGCCCAGAGAGCGGCUGCAAAGUCUUGAUCCAGUUCCCCCGCAGCCAGUCUAAAGAUCUGCCGAAGAGCGACGUCAUCCAGGACACCAAGUGGAGCCACCUGCGAGGGCCCUACAAAGAAGUUCACUGGAGCAAGAUGGAGGGACGCAACUUUGUCUACAAGAUGGAGCUCCUCAUGGCUGCACUCACUCCCUGUCCAUAGAUAAAACGUCUUCCUGAAGUGAACUGGACUGAACCGUUUCCAAACGUUUGAACUCACACAGGUGCAGCAGCAGGAGCCAUGAUACAAAAACCUCUGCUACUGUGAUUUGUCCUCUGCUUUUUUAAACAUGUUUGUCCUCCUUCAGUAGUGUCUGCUGUCUGCUCUGUUUUUUUGUGUUAAGUGCAGUAAUAAAUCACUGAUAUGUCAUCAUGAUAAUAAAGCAGUGGAAACAUG